AUGUAUACUCCCACCACUCUUACUUCUCUCUUCACCCUCAUCCCUCUCGCUCUUGCCCUCCCUCUCGAGCAACGAGACACCCAAGUGUUCAACAUCACCUUGCUCUCCGCCACAGUCCCAGAGGGAGGCCCCUACGGCUCGGGCCCGAUCGACUCCCACAUCAGCGUUUCGCUCGCAUACGAGGACGCCACUGGCGCGGCUCAAAGCACGACCUGCAGCUACGACUGGCCGGCUAGCAUCGCCCCCGGACCUACAGACUGGACCGCUUGCGCCGAUGACACUAUGACGUGGCGGCUGCCGGCGGACGGAUGGACCAGCACGGCGGACUACCUCGUCGAGUUUUACAAGCAGACGACGCUUGAAGGCGCCGGCCUGGAUGCCUCGCACUAUCUUACUAUGAACCCUGGCCAGACCAGCGACCCGAACGCGUACCUGAGCUGUCUGCAGAUGGGCAAGACCGCGCCGUUGACGUGCGAGUUGGAUGGCCCGCUCAGCGCUCAGACGGGACCUGUUGUGAUGUCCGCCAGCGAAGAGACCGCGAGGGCGGAGUAG